AUGUCUAUAACUCUGUACAAUUUUGAGCCUUUGAUUACCGAUGUUAAUAACUAUGAUUAUUUGGAGUACAAAGAAUCAGUAGUUAGUUACAACGAUAGAUCUAAAUUAGCUGUCACAGAUUGGUGCUCGUGUGGAAAAUGUGAAAAACAAAUAAAUGAUCGUGAAUGUACAAUACAUGAUUUCAAAAAACAAAGAAUAAAACAAAAAAAAAGAAGUUUACAAUCAGCUACUGUGGAAAAUAAAGCAUGGCGAUAUAUUUGCUACAAACAGUUUACACUUUGGGUUAAUUCAUGGAUGACAAUUGGAAGAGGGAAUAGAGUUGUUAUUCCAUCAUGUGUGGUCAAAAAUCGGGAACGUUAUCCAGAAGAAAAAGGAUUGUAUAUUGGUUUUAAGAACCAGUUAUUCGUAGUAUAA